AGAACCAGUAGCACGGGAAGAUUGCACGACGUUAGGCGACUCUGGCACGGUAAAAAAAAAGACAAAAACAAAACAAAAAAUAAAAUAAAAAAAAUAAACCAAAAAGAAAGAAAAGAAGAAAAAAAAAAGAAAAAAAAAGACUGCAUUGCUGCUUCAAAUAUGAAUUCCUACUGAAGUUCCGUGAACCGUCUGAUUGUAGUCUCAGUCACGAGGAGGUCCACCAUGAAGCACUCCAAGAUGAUUCUUCUGAGUGUUGGGCUGCUGUUCUCAGUCGCCUGGGCUAUUCCGGUCUCCGACUCCAGCGCCCCUCCACCUCCACCAAUCAUCGUUCCCGUAGUAACCAAUUACAUCACCACAGAGGUGCAAACGCUGGCCCAGGAUGCAAGCAUCACUUUCAUUGGUCAACUCUGCGAGCAGUACAAAGGCAUGGGGGUACAGGUGACCGUUCUGCUCAACAACAACCCCGACUGGGACCCUUCCGUCGGCGUUUUGUAUUACUACGUAGUUGACGACCCAAAUAAGGGCAGUUCUGCAGCGCUUUGCAACAACUCCCCUGGCGGUUCACCUCAGGCCAACUGUACCGUGAAAGCCUGGCCUAGCAACGGGGACAUCUACAUCAAAGGACACGCCGGCCAGUCAGAGGCCAUCUCCUUCACGCUGUCUGUUGUGAUCAGACCAAAGGCAAGCAAAGGAGGGGCCAGCAUCAAACCAAGACCUUUCUCCUUCAUCAAACCACCUUUGCGGAAUCUGGGCGGGACUCCCAGCGCCAACAACCUCACCGUCUACCUGUCGGAGGUCGUGACCCUCACCGCCACCCAACCGCUGGGCUACCACAAGAAGGCGCUGUUGGCCUUCACUUUCUGCCCGACCCCUCAGACGGGCACGCGCUACGAGGUACAGAGCACGACUUCAGCCACUGACGGGCGGAGCUCCUACGCGUCCUACAUAUGCGACAAGCUUCCCUGUGUGGUUGACGGUGAAAAUGUCAUCGCGCACAACGGACGGCAGUUGCCUAGCAACAUCGUCCGAACGGGAUCAGGCACCUGGAAAACGCUGUACGCCCUCAUCGUGUGUUGGGGAGGUGUCUGGAAUCCCCCCAAGGACGAAUACAUCGGUCACUUUAUAUUCAACGCUCACAUAAUGUAAUGCAGCUCCCUCGCUUGGGCACCCACCGCAAGAAUAAUGGCCGUAUGACUUUUUGAGGGGCAGGCCAUUAUUUGUCUUUUUCGCAUGAUACUAAAAGUUGCUUAAAAGUCUUGUGAAAUGCGCCCGAAUGAAGUGUCCCAAACGCAUUCUCCUUCAGCCCAUUUCAGCUACACUAUGUCGUGCAUUGAAACACCAAAUUAUAAUAACCGCGCGCACGCAUGCGCUGUGACAACGCUUACGCGUGCCUGGCCGAAUGAGCCAAUUCGGUAUUCCACUAGUGCCUGCUUUGAACAAAGCACGGCCGAGAUCACCCAGACCUGACCAUAGAGUUGUUCAGUUGCGUUCAUACUUGGACUCGUGCGCGUGCUUGGUUCCCCAUCAGACUCGCUUUUGUUUGAUUUUAUUGUUUUAUUUUUCUGUUUUGUUUUAAGUGUCGAGCUUUCUCAUUAGCAACGAACUGAAAAUCAGUUUCCCAAAAAUGCGUCUUCAGACACAGCGUGGGACAUGAACUUCUAAAAUGAUUUCACAGGGAGUUAAGUAUCCUUAAACAGAGCAUGCUUUCCAACAGUUACUUUUUAAUAUAGCUUCAAAAGCUUGUGUAAAAUUUGGAAAUAUGAUACUUACGAACUGUAUGGUUCUUGGCAGUGCUCACAACGUGUAAGAGUUGUUACUUUCUCGCCAAACAUGAAAAAGCGUUAAUGCUUUCAAUUUUUUUUUUUAAAUGGCACACUCUGAGUAUUACGAUUUCAGUUUUGAGCUUGAUGACAUUUGUGUCGAUGUAUGCAUACGUUUAAAAAAUGUUAAUCGACGCAUUUGUUUCAGAAUUUACUUAGAAUUUAAUGUUCCUUUAGUAGGAGCAUAGCUUUUCACACUCAUUUGUAAUAAGUUGAAGAAUGUUUUGCAAUUAAAUUAGCUUUUACCUUUUGCUGUACCCAUUCUGUAGUCGUUAGAUACUGUGUAUUUCAUUUAUGACAUUUAACAUACAACAAGGCAAUAACAUGUGACGGGAAACAGUUUAAGGGAAAAAAACAAAUAUCGUGUCAAUUACCCCCGAAACAUGUCGGCCGUGGUAAUUGUGAAGUGAACCCGAAUGCAAAUUUAAACGGGUGCUAGGAACAAACACUUCCUGGAGGUUGCCAGACCACGAGUUGGUUCUGUCAGUGAUAGUUAUCGUUUAUUAUCAACUGUUGAAGGCCAUUUGAGUGAUUUCGAUACAGUUUUGACUCUGGACAAGUUUAAAUAAACUAUUCGGAGAGUAAUUCUAA